UCCUAAUUAAGAGCUCCAAGAUAUAGAAUAAAAAUUCAGUAAUGCAAACACAUACACACGGGCUUUUGAUACAAUUCAGUAGUCAGUCAGAAGUAUUCAAUUUGGCAUUGGAAAUAUCAGUCGACGUUAUUAUUUCGUACGAUCAUGUUUCAACGGUGGAUCGGUAAUAUAGUAUUUCCUCAGUGGCUUGCUGGACUUGCAGUGACGCUGUUACUGAUUGAACUAUCUUUCAUGACUGGUUGGACAUCUCCAGCAUUGGCAAGAUUAACAGAUCCAAAUUCACCAAUCUUGCUGAGUACGAAUGAAGCUUCUUGGGUAGCCUCACUUUUGAAUCUUGGCCGUUUCUUUGGCUCUGUUGUCGGCGCUGUAACGACAGAGUACCUUGGCAGUAAGAAGUCUUUACUCGUUAGCCUUUUACCGAUUGCACUCAGUUGGCUGGUCAUGCUUUUUGCCAAUAUCGUGGAGUUGCUAUAUUUCGCGAGAAUUUUAGGCGGUCUAGGAUUUGGUAUGGCAUUUGCUACAUUUCCAUUGUACUUGGGUGAGAUAUCUAUGCCUGAAAUUCGAGGUGCUUUGGUAUCAAUGGGCUUUUGUGGAGGACAACUCGGUAUGGUUAUUGCCAGCUUAUGCGGGUCUAAUAUGUCAAUCAGUAGCUCAGCAACAAUGUAUUUGAUCUGGUGUUUGCUGCUGAUGUUAUUCUACAUGUGGUUACCAGAAUCACCUUAUUAUUUAGUGAUGACUAACAAUUGCGAAGCUGCGAAGAAAUCAAUCAAUUGGUACAGAUCCGGGAAUCAUGUAGACGAGGAAUUAAAAGCUGUUGAAAAAUUCGUGGCGUGUUCCCGUAUCAAGAGCUUCAGUGAUAAACUGAAUGAUUUGAAAAAACCAUAUGUACGUCGUGCUCUAUUCCAUGUAAUUAUCUUAUUCUUUUUCACGCAGUUGUGUGGUCUGAACAGUAUUGCAUUCUACAUGGAAACAAUACUCAUUCGUGGAAAGUCUACGAUGCUACGGCCGGCAACAGUCGUAGUAUAUUCUAUGAUUGCUAGUGUUUUCGCUACCAUGGUGUCAUUAAUUUUAAUCGACAGAUUCGGACGAAGAAUUUUAUUUGUCGCUUCGAGCAUCGGUUUCGUGUGUUCAAUGUUUUUGCUGAGCACGCAUUUUAUGCUGCUCAAAUACGACGUAAUCAACAUUCAGUGCUUGCCUGUGAUUUCCCUGAUCCUCUUCUCGGCAACAAUUUAUAUUGGUUUCACGACUGUACCAUCUACCAUACUCAGUGAAUUGUUUCCAGCUAACAUCAAAUGUACAGCAUCGUGCAUCGCCAGUUUAAUUGGAUCGGGUACAGCUUUUCUCUCUACAAAAACCUAUCAACCACUGGUGGAUUGGAUUGGUGAAGCUUACACAUUUGUGAUGUAUGCUAGUUUAGUGCUUAUUAUGAUACCUUACGCAUUGUUUAUUAUGCCGGAAACCAAAGGCAAGAGCCUAUUACAGAUUCAAGAUCAAUUGACGAUGAAAUAAUUAUUCGAUCGAGAAACAUUGAAUCCUUAUACUUUUUAAAUCAGAGUGUCAGUGAUAUAAAAGAUAAAUACAAGUAUUUUUUUAUCUUUACCUAGCAAGUUUAGUUAAGUAUGUUGACCUAAGCGCCUGAUCUAAAAACUUUGUACGCUGAAAACAAAACUUUUAUUUUUAUUUUAGAUUAAAAGUCUUUUAUUUCUUGUUAAGACCGAAAUGAUUUUAUCUAAUCAAGUAUUUAGAUAGAAGCUUACUUUAUCGUCUAGUAGCAUCAUGUUGAUAUUGUGAAAGUUUUUUUUUAUAAUGAGGCAUUUGAGAUUGUUAAUAUAUAUCUGAUUCGUAUGUUUAAGUUUCGAUUCUUCAUAAAACAUUAUCAAUAAUUAUAUGAAAUAAAGAAAUAUUCUCCCUAAAAAACAAUCGGUCGCAAUGUUAUGAAACUUUUUAUGAUGUCACGCGAUAUCUGGUAGUGUUACUAGUGUUUUGUGUUUACUAAUAGUUUUGUAGUUGAAAAAAAGAAUGAACAAUUAAUGUUAAUAAUGUGAUCAAAAAUUUAUUUCAAUUUAACAAAAAUAUUGUUAUGCAUAGGCUAUAGUUGAUGCGUACGAAAAAGCGGACAUUUUUCUCAUGAUGACAUGUAACCUAAAGUAAUGUGACAUUAAAGAAAAUUUUUUACCUAAUUAACAAGCUUAUGUGGUAGAUCAGAUUUAGUGGCGAACGUUCUUAAAUGUAAAAGGAACCGUUUAAUUUCUCUUGUAAUGAACAAAAAAUCUUUUGGUGAAAUAGAAUUUUACGUGAACUCUUUUAACGCAACACUAAUCAUAUACACAACAACUUUCGAAGGGAAUGGUGCAUACAAUAAAUCCAAUAUGGUCAGAUGCGCGCACAGCGCGCUAUAUGAAACUCUAGUUGAAUAAAAAUAGCGUUUUGUAAAAAAAUUUAUAUAAUCAAUUUCUUAAUCUGUUAAAUAUCUUAGCGUGUCGUGCUUUAUUAUACGUACGAAAUGUAAUCAGAUCAAUUAUAACGUUUAAUCAGAAAUGAGUCUACUUAAACAAGAGUUAAAUAUUUGGUUCCUGGAAAGUUACCUUUA